CCCCCCACUACGGAUGCGUCCAAACACAACGUUGGAGUCUCAGCCACUUCAACACAGUAACAAGCUGUGUUAAUUUUUAAUGUUGCAUUUGUGUAUACUAUUUUGCAGCUGUGUUUUCUCCUACCACGUUUUUGCCUAUGUCAACUCGAAGUGCACAUUUAAUGCCACGGACAAGCAGGUGCACACCUUACCUUAGAGAAACGCAGAGGAAAGUAUCUCUUUUUAUCGAUGGCCUAGCAGAGUUAGCGAUCGAGCGAUAGCACUAUUCGUUACUCGCUAACUAGCCAACUGGCAAAUUCUGGUCUGGUUAUUGUUAUUAGCCAGUCGUCAGCUGUCCAUCUGAAACCUCCUCGUGUGCUUUCUUGGGAAGCAGUACAGGGGAACCCGCUGUAAGCGACAGCUAGCCUACUGCAAAGGUGAACCAUGAAACUCAAGGAGCUGGAGAGCUGCCUCCAACAAGUGGACGUUUUUGAGGAACCAAAGCUGCUUCUUGAACAAUAUCCAACCAGCCCUCACAUCGCAGCAUGUAUGCUUUACACAAUACACAACACAUUCGAUGACAUAGAGAAUAAAUUGAUAGCGGACCUCGGUUGCGGAUGUGGGGUUCUGAGCAUUGGAGCCGCGAUGUUAGAUGCCGGAUUGUGUGUUGGGUUUGAUAUCGAUGAAGACGCAUUAGCUACAUUCAAAAUGAACGCUGAAGAAUUCGAACUCAAAAACAUUGACAUGGUUCAGUGUGACGUGUGCCAGCUGGAAACAGCUGCAUAUACCAAGAAGUUUGACACCGUGAUCAUGAACCCGCCGUUUGGAACCAAACACAACAAGGGUAUGGAUAUGCAGUUUCUGAGGAUGGCAUUAAAUAUGGCAAGGACAGCAGUAUAUUCUCUUCACAAAACGUCAACACGAGAGCACAUACAGAAGAAGGCCGUUGACUGGAAGGUGAAAAUGGAAGUAGUAGCAGAGCUGAGAUAUGACUUACCAGCAUCAUACAAGUUCCAUAAGAAGAAAUCGGUUGACAUCGAGGUGGACUUCAUAAGAUUCUCCAUUACAUGAAGCCAUAACUGGAAUGGAUUCAAGCAGUGUUUAAAAUACAUAUAUUUCAAAUAAAAGUUUACUGUGAUGGUGCAGUAGGGCUUCA